AUGCCGUCUCCAUCAAACAAUACUCCGCCCGACAACAGCAGCAUGAUGCCAAAGCAUACAGCGCAGUCCACUGCUGCUGAAGAUGACGCAGCUAGGUCAUCGACCGGGCAGAGGGCUGAUGCGGUCAGCCCUUGGUUGAGGGAAGAGUCUCCAUCGUCUAAGACGCUGGUGGGCUCGGGAACGAUGAAGGGGGAUCGAUACAAGAACCCGCCAUCAAGGCUGGAAGUCCUGGGGUGGUACCUGUACGGCCUGUGCUCGCACUUCAUUCAGACUGUCCUCAUCCCGAUCAUCUUCCCUCUCAUCAUCAGCCAGAUCGUGAAGGCUGACUCACUUGCCGAGCCUCCUCAUGGAUGGAAGCAGAGUCGUAAGGGGUUGCCGUGUAAUCUCGGGGAGAUGACACUGUACGAAGGUUUAACCCAAAAGAUGAUCAAGAUCAACAACAUUCACUUAUCUGCUCUAGACUGGGUCACAGCAUCGUGGGUCAUUGGCCUAAUUUUCGCAGCUCCCUUGUUGGGCUCCCUGUCUGUCCACAUGGACGGUGGUUCUAACCAUCUAAUCGCAGCAGCCGCUACACUCAUCGGUGCCUUGUUCUGCUUCCCCGCCGGAUUUAUCAAGAAUGAUUGGCUCUUCCCACCGUACAUCGCCACCGUUGUGGCUGCGUAUGCAGUGGCCAGCACCUGCCACACUCGCCAGCUCGGCCUCAUGGUCCGCGGCUUUACUGGAUCUAAGCUGCUAACUACCCAAUUUCCCAUAAGAAGAGCAAUCUCCAGUUGGCUUUCCCUCUUCGGUGCGGCUGGUAGUGGCUUUGGUUCCGCCGUGAUCGCUGCCUUCACCUACUACAUGCUUAACAAGGACGAGAAAUUCAUUAGCCUUUGGGUUGUCUCCAUCUUCAGCGGUAUCAAAUGGCUUACCGGAAUCCUCCAUGUUAUCAUUGCCAUGCUCGGUUCCUCUGAACAGUCUCCAGCCACUCCGACUCCCCCCUCGUUGGAGGUCCCCCACUUCCUCUCCAUCUCUAGCCACCCUCAUGCACUUGGAACCCUAAUAGCCACCUUACUCUCCGGCUUCACCACCAUGAGCAUCUUCACCGGCGGAGUCCUGUACUUGGUAGGCCAGCUCUGCAUAAGAUCACAUACCCUCCUCUAUUUUUGGCUCACUUACUUCCUCUUUCCAAUGUUCGCUCUCCCACUGCUGCACCCACUACAACAGCUAAUUAAAGCGAACGCCGUGAAGAUGAAUGUUCUUGGGUUAAUCAUCUCCCUAGUCACCUCGGGGUUCGGGUUCUACUUCAAGGACGAUGGAACAUGGAGAACAAAGGAUAUACUGUUGUUCGCCGCAGUCCAGGGCUUGUCGGCUGGGAUCCUCCAUGCUUUUUCUCGAGUUCUGAUAAUGGACUGCGCACCGAGCGGGAAGGAAGGAGCUUUCGCGGCGUGGCAUUCGUGGGUCAUGGGUAUCGGGAUGUGCAUUGGGUUUGCUGUGGGAAGUUCUGUUGAUGGUUUAGGAUCUUGUCUUGGGGCAGCCUUUCUUGCUGGGCUCGCUGGCAUUGUGGUUUUGAUAUUUGGGAAUGUGAGUGAUCUUGUUGGGGCUUUGGGUGCUGGGCAUGUAGGGGAAGAUGAAAAUGAGGACGACUCCGACGACGAAGAAGACAGGAAAGAACAACUUGCAACCAAGGGCCGGCAUGGCUCGGGACUCUCGAAGGAAGAACAUGUUUCUGUUUAGAACCUGAAAGUUAUCAUUUGAACUCGGAUCUCAUGGUUGAUCGUUAUAUAUUGAAUUGUGGAUUAUUUGCCAUAACUAAAAGGAAUAGCAAGAUCAUCACAUACCUAAUUUACUAUGGGUGAUGCUACCAUGAUUGGUAGCAAAAAUAACCACCAUGAUUAUUUUUAUUCUUGA